AAUAAAUUGAGGCGGAAGAAAGUAUGAAAGUGUUAUUUUCAAAAAUUAAUGUAACGAAAUGUGAGUUUACGUCAAAGAUUCACGUGUAAUGCGAAUCGAGAAAAAAUUGUAUAUAUUGAAGAAAAAUGGAUGCUAUCUCUCUCUUUGGAUGAAUCUCUUAAUAUUUUGCGAGUUAAAAAAAGGAUAAGGAUAAAAAGAGAAGAAAAAAAUACAAUAUUAAUAGUGUUUUAUAAAGUGCAGUGUAAUUUAAAUAUUUCUAAAUAUAUUCAAGUGUCGUUAGUUUUUUCCUUCUUUUUUUUUUUUUUUUUGUCACAAUGACUUCCGUUUUCCCUGAAGAAGAGUCAAAAGUUGCGAGAAUAAAGCAAAAAUUAAUGAACGAUGUACACAUGAAGGAGGAAACACGAUCGUUCUUAGCUUCUCCAGAGAGAAUUUGAGUAUCUCUCAAUCUGACCUUGAACAAAGCUACAAUAAACAACGCUUUCGACCGAACAGAAAUACGAUUCUAAGCGUGACGGCACUCUUAAUUGCAUUUCUUUGCUUCGGUCUUGAAUGUUGGGAGUUUCGUUAUUCUUUGAUCAAUGCACGAGAGAUUGAAGAUUUGAAACGAAGUGUGGACAGUUUGAAGCAUCGUAUUUUGGAGGAAGAUCUACUCGACGAAGUGAAAGCUUUUGAAGAACAGUUGUAUACCGAAGAAUUCAACGACGAUGAUGAUGAUAACGACGACGACGAGGACGACGACGACGAGGACGAUGCAGAGGAAGCAAAUAUCGACAGAACAGAUUACAAUUCCAACUAUGACGAGGAUACAUUUUCUUUGCCGAUAUUUGGCGCCAGACCAUCCGAUUUCCCUGAUUCCUCGUCGACCAUCGCCCCAGUACCUUCUCCGCCGGAUCCUCCUAUUGCGGAUGAAACGUUGAUGAAAUUAACUUUACCGCGCAGGACCAAACAAAGCGAAGAAUCGAAGGAAAAUGACUCGAGUCGAGACCGUGGUCGGGAUAAGAAUAACUUGGAAGGGGAGACGAAAGAUCAUAAGAAUGAUACGAUGAAGCGAAAACGAGAUGUAUUGGAAGCUAGCGAUAACACGAAAGACUUUUUGUUGGAUUGGAAGAUAACCUUGAAGCGUAAACGAUCGAUUGAUGAAAAGAAUCAUAGUUCCAAGAGAUUACUCGUUAACAGACAUUUGCUUAAAAAUCAUACCAAAAGAACAAUUGCUUCUGAUCCCACUUCUGAUCGAGAGAUGGAAAAAUCUGGCCAGGACGAGCAAAAUAUGUCUGUUGUAUCCAGUAAGCAUCCUCCAAAGAAAUAUAUUCACUCGUCUUUGGAUAUCACCGAGGCAUCUUCUUCCACGCCUCCUAACAAACAAGUUGCGACGAAUCGCAUUAAAAAAGUUCCACGCAAAUUUCGGAGGAACACGAACCAUUCUCGGAAAGUGAUCGCAGUCCAUUACGAUGGAAAUAAGAAUGGAUAUUCAGAGAAAGAUAUUUAUGCUGGAAAUGGGAGAAUUCGUCAUGGAAAUAGCAUGUUUAAAGCAUGGAAACCAAGCGAUUGGGUGAAUAAUCUUGGAAUGAACGAGUAUUUCAAAAUGUCCAACGAUGGGAGUGUUACCAUUUAUGAACCAGGAUUGUAUCUAGUUUACGCGCAGAUUCAUUACAAUGAUGAUCACGAUGAAAUUGGAUUUCAUCUGCAAGUGAACAAUCAGCCUAUUCUUCAGUGCAUGAUCGACAAUUCGGGCCAUGUGCGCAACAUUAGCCAAACCUGUUUCUCAGCUCAAGUGACACCUCUUAGAAAGGAAGACGUUUUAGUUUUCAAGGAGGCUAGCUCGCCGAGAUUCGCUAUUUUCGAUAAGGAGAAUAGUUUCUUUGGAUUAGUGAAACUUGGAGAAUUGGGAAAACAUUCGAAUUAAUCAGUUUUAACAUGUAUUUAUCUGGAACAAAUUAAACAAGAAACAAAGUGCUCCUCCUUUACUAACGUAAAAAGUAAUUUAUUAAACAUUCAAUGAUGCAACAAUAGCAUUAAAGUCGUCACUUUAAUCGUUGUUGACUCGAUAAAGAUAGACGUUGGUCAAUUUCAUUAAUUAAAGACCAAUCGAUUCUAUUUCUAUCCAUAAAUGCAUAUUGUCAUUGUAAAUAAAAUUCUUGCGGUUUAUAUUAAUAUAAACACUUUUUUAAGUUUUAGAUUUUUAACAGAGUCCAAAGAAGGUGAGAGUGCAAAUGGAAGUGAAGAAGUUAAAAUCUCGAUGAAAUAAAUCUUGCGACUUAACACUUGUUUUAACAUGUAAUCUCGCAGAUUAAUUUUUUUUCGCGGUAUUUUCUGGCUCGUUGACUGUCAAUUGGAAUCAAGUCUCCAGGAGAAUCCAUCAAAUCGACGAUGAAAUUCGGUUUCAACAGCUUUGUUGGAAAAAUUGAUGAAGCACGAUCUUCGAAGAUUAGAUUCGGAUCUAUGUAUUUAUGUUGAUAUUGUUGCAGAGGUUGAUAAAUCGUAACAAUUUCUGGACAGGUUAUAUCUCUGUCUAUAUAAGCGUGAAAUUUAUUUUCUUCCGCUGGAACUCUCACCUAAUAAUAAUAAUAAUUAUUCUAAACUAAGAGAUUUAAUUUAUAAGAAUUGAAAUGUUAACGGAUAAUAAAAAUCUAAUGUCUAAA